AUGCAUCGCGGGAGGGAACCUGCAGAGCACUGGCCAGGAGGACAGGCUGGGAACACGCUGCACCUCGUGUCCGCGGUGGCUCAGUGGAUUUUACUGCUUGCCUGCCUGGUUUACCUGGGUAUAGAUUUUCUACGGCCCUCAGCGAGCCAGAGUGCCAAAGUGCCGUGGACCCACAUCCGGUACACAGGCAGAAGCAUCGAGGGAGCAGCCGUGAAUCUCACUGCCGAGCUGGGCCCCAUCCAGAUCCGAAACGGUUCCAUCGUCAUCCCCUGUGACGGCCUCUACCUCGUGUCCCUGAAGAGUUCCAUCUACCUGGACAAGGAGGACUGGCUGAAGCUGACCCUGCAGGGGACACACGAGGGCACCCUGUGGGAGCAGAUUGUCCAGGGCAGCGGCAGAACGGUGAACCUCACCACUGUGCUCUACUUGUUCCAGGAGGACAGCAUCACUCUGUGGACCAACUCCAGUGCCAGCAUCUGGGAUCUGUCCUUUAGCCUGGUGCUAAUAAAUGAUGACAAGUGCUAGCUGGAGGAGCGUGGAAAGAACAGCCUUCCCCACCGACCUGUAGGUUUUGUACUUGUACAGGCAGUCUGCUCUAGAAUCGCUCCCCGGGGCUGUGGAGAGCCUCAGUGGGAGGGCAGAUAAAGCACAGUGCAGACAGGCUUUAUGCAGUGCGUGCAGGGUUCGCCUCUUCGGAGCUCUGUGCAGCUGAUUUGCUACCCAGGAUGAACCUUUCCAACACUGGGGAGAGGGAUGCGUGGAGCUCUUGAGAAGAACAGAAAUGAAAGCCAAAGAAAGUCAUCCAAGCUUAGCUCAUAUUCAGAGAAACCCCGGGUUUCUCUCUUUACUUGACAGUAUCUGUAUAUAGUAGAAAUGUGUCGUACUUUUUCUCAAAUAAAAGUCUGGACGAUACCUCGAGUGUCUUGAAGCCACUUGGAGCAGGAGGAGCACAAAUCUGCCCGGCAAGAUGGAAAACAGGGAAGAGGCGGCAAGGGAAUGCCUUUGGAGUGAGCCAGAUAAAGCCUGUCUGAGAGGUAAAGGCCGUGAGAGAAGGUGGUAUUUGGAAAUGGGCUGACGGGACUGCUCUGGACAGCAGGAGCACAGGCCCUGCACUGACUGUGGAGUUUUGGGGAGCAGCCUUUGAGAGCUGUUCAGCUGUCUGCAGACCACAGAAGCCUGACCCCAAGGAAUAUCUGGUGGGACAUUUACAUCUUGAGAUGUAAGUUCUCAGAGGGGAAAUCUCCUUCAAGCACACACGCACUGGCUUCACCUGAAAGAGACCCAGGCACAUAAAAAGCCGGGCAGACGUGAAGACUUCCAGAUUUGGAGACGUCUCUCUACCAGACCAAGUGAAGCUGCAGGUCUGUGCAUCCUUUCCUCAGGGAGGACUCACUUGGUUCUCAUGACUGCCCUUGACUUUGUCCCCCAGCUGUGCACCAGAGGCGCUCCUCCACACGGCACCUGAGCACACCUGCCUGGCUCCUGCAGAAGUCAGACCCCGGGCUGUUCUUCCCUGUUCUCCUUGCAGCUUGGGGCUGCUGGAGUCAAGUCCUGCCCUGCCCAUGCUGCGAGCAGUGCCUGACCUCAGCACAGCCAGCAGCUGGGGGAUUUCUGGUUGAAGUGAGGCAGGUUUUAAGGUAGAGUUGGCUACGUGUCUCCCAAUGAUCUCCAUCCAUGUUUCAGCAUGUCACUGCUGCCUGUACACACCAAAGUCUUUUGUUAAAAGUAUUUAUGUAUUUAAAUGAUAGGCAUAAGAAUGUUGCAUCAGAUUUCCUAGAAACACAGGGAAGGGUUCAGAACAGGUUGUCAGCACUGAACUCCUCUUUGAAAGUGCUCCCGAUGCUCUGGACUGUUCCUGCUUUGCAGGCACCCAGACCUGGACUGACCGGCUUGUGGCUGAGCACUCUUGCUGACUCAGGUGCUACAGGCAACUACGGACAUCCUCCAGGCCUUGGAGAGCUUUCCUGGGCUUUAGGCUAAUGAACUUCCCUGCUUGAGCCAGUCCAGAGCCUCAGGGGAAACUGGCUGAAGCAGUUCACUCAUGUAAUGCCAAGAAGCAGCUUUUCUCCUCUCAUCUGAGAAGCUGUGGCUGACUUGCACCCACAGGAUGCUCAUCAUUAAGGGAUAUUUUGGGCUUUUAACUCUGGCUUACCAUGGCAGGGACGGAAGGCAGCUGCGCCCUGCCCC